UUUGACAAUGCCGUUAGGAUGUGGAAGUUCAUCAAAACAUAUUUGUCGGGGACUCUUGACUCUUUUUUUGAAGUGGUCCAAGAACUCUUAAGAACAAGAGAAGAAUUUGAAAAUUUGGAAAUGACAGUCGCCGUACCGGACGUGAUUGCUGCUUUCCUUAAAUCAGGAGAAGCUCAAGAGAUCGACCCUAUAUCCAUGAUGUGCGCAUUGGAGCUGUUGAGCCAAAGGUUAAAUUCUUUAGAUGAAAAACAACAAGAUGACAGUGUUCGCAAGAGUCUUGAAUUGAAUUUGACGAAUAUUCAGCAUGAUAGAGAAAAUGCCGAUAUUCGAACCGGGAAAAUGGAAUUUGAUAAAUCUGGGGUAACUUCACUUAAAAAGAAAGAGCAAGUAUUAGAUGAACCUAAAACGCUCUUGGAGGAAUUCUAUUUAAAUAAAUCUGGCCAACAGAUUAUGACGACUUUGAAACCGGAACCAUCUGAAAAGUUCUUUGAGGAAAUUAAUUUUGACGAAGCCGGAAAAAAAGUUAAGACUUCGAUACAGGAAGAAAUAGAAAAGCCCAUUGAGGAAUGUACUGUUGAGGAAGCCGCGAAAAGGGUUAAGACUAUGAUACAGGAAGAAACUGAAAAGCCCAUUGAGGAAUAUACUGUUCACGAUACCGGGGAAAAGGUUAAGACUACGAUACAGGAGGAAACAGAAAAGCACAUUGAGGAAUAUACGGCUGACGAAGCCGGGAAAACGGUUAAGCCUACGAUACAGGAAGAAACAGAAAAGCCCAUUAAGAAAUAUACUGUUCACGAAGCUGGGGAAAAGGUUAAGAAAACGAUACAGGAAGAAACAGAAAAGCACAUUGAGGAAUAUACUAUUGGCGAAGCCAAUGAAAAGGUUAUGGCUAGUAUAUUUAAAGAAACUAAAAUGCCCAUUGAAGGAGCUACUAUUGACGAAUCUGAACAAAAGGUUAAGGACCUGGCACCGGUUGAGCCUGAACUGUCGAUGGCGAUAUUUUCGACCAAUGUGUCUGAACCGAAGAAAGAACUACCCACCUAUUAUUGUGAGCCGUAUUUACAAAAUGAAAUUAAAGUUCAAUGUGUGGCUAAAUGCAGGGACUGCAAUGAGAUGCUUUGCGCCGAUUGUGCCCGAGUUCAUAGAGUUUCAAAGAUGUCUAGAAAUCACAUUAUGAUCGGGAAACAACCUGAUGAUUUCACUAGCCUGAAGCUCGCACCGGACACAUCCAUCCAACCCAGGUCUACAUCUGACCACAAAGUCUGCAAACUGUCCAACAUGCUCCCCCUGCCUGGAAACAGGCUGCUUCUGUUUGAUUUUAACAACGGUAAAUUCAAAAUGGUUGACCUGCGGACCAACAAACUGAUGUCCCAAGUUAGUGUGCCAGAUGACCCAAUGGGCAUGUGUGUCCUCCCCGGGGACAGGGUGGCUGUUUGUUUACCAUCUACAGAUAUUACAGUUAUUCAGUUCCUUGGGGCACUGGAACAAAUCACUCUUGAGGAAAGCAUCAAGGUGAGUGGUUACUGUCUAGGUAUUGGUUACUAUAAUGACAGGUUGAUAGUGUCUUUCAGGGGAGGAAAGGUGGAGGUCAUAGACAUGAAUGGGAGAGUGAUGAAGAAAAUAGACAGUGGGCAGUCAGUAUUUCGUUUUCCAAUGAACUUGAGAGUGGUCAGUGAAGGCCAGGACGCAGUAGUAUAUGUAUCAGAUUUCCAAAAGGACACCAUCACCAAGCUGGACAUGGACCUGAACAUCCUUCAGACAUUCCAAGAUCCUGCAUUGAGAGGUCCAAAAGACAUUACAACAGUGGGAAAGCAGCUGCUUGUCUGUGGUUGGUACACUAACAACAUUAUGUGCCUGAACCUGCCAAGUGGCAAGAUGACCGAGCUACUGGGGAUAAAAGAUAAAAUAUUACACCCAGAAAAUGUCUCCUACAGUCAGCAGCAAAACAGACUAUAUGUCAAAUGUCAAAGUGACACUCGUGUACUUGUGUAUAAACCAUCAAUUUUUUUUCCAGGUCACAUGACCAACAGGUUGGAAAGAAGAAGGCGUUCUUAAGCAAUAUCAGAUUAUACUUCAUUUUCCAUUUCAUAUGCCAGUGUUUAAUAGAUUAAAUAAGUUUUAUAGUAACAUAUUUCCUUUCAAAUCAUUAUUAUUCAAGAAACAACUGUUUGUAAAGACAAACGUUUCUU